AUGAGUAGUGCCCUGGAGAUGGGAAAGAAAUUGAAGGCUAUGAGGGCCUGGGAUAGUAGUGGGGAUGCGACCAGUAGUCAUGGUGGGCAUCGAAGGGAUUGGUGCUGGAAUGGAGAAGUUCAAUGGAAGGUGGAAACAAAGAAGGUGGCGUAUGCGAAGUUGAUAGAAAGCAAGAAUGAGGUGGAGAAGUGGACAAAUAGGGAACUUUAUAAGAUGGCGAGGAAGGAGGCGAAGUUGGUGGUUUCGUUGGUAAAAACGGCAGCUUUUGAACGCCUUUAUGUUGAACUAGAGGAAAAAGGCGGGGAUAAGAAAUUGUUCAGGCUAGCCAAGGAAAGGGAAAGGAGGGAACGUGAUGUGGAUCAAGUGAAGUGCAUCAAGGACAAGCAUGGCAAAGUAUUGGUAGAGGAGGCUCUCAUUAGACGGAGAUGGCAAUCAUACUUCCACAAACUCUUGAAUAAAGAAGGGGACAGGGAUAUUGUGUUGGGAUAUUUAGAACAUACAGGAAGGCAUCGCGAUUUUGGGUAUUGCAGGAGUAUUAAGUUUGAGGAGGUUAAGGGUGUUUUUCGUAGGAUGCACUAG